GUCACGAGAAGCCUGCUCCGAAUUGCCAUGGCGCCAAGACGAGAAGCCGGAGGGGUGUGUGGCGGGCUCUGCGGUGACCCGGAGUGGCAGGCAGGGACUCGGCCGCUGCAUGGCAUAGUCGCAACUUGAACACCGCCAGAUGAGGCAAAUAGACCGUACGUGAUGGUGGCAGAAUGGCGCCAUCCCCCUUUCCUAUGCGUUCCCGAGACCGGAAGGAGCGCCUUUUUAUUGAGAACCGGAAGCUAUUGGUUGCCCGUGCCACUCUGGUUUUAUCUCUAUGGUACUACUGAGUGGGAGUCCUAGACUGAAUAGGGCUUUCAUCAUAGAGCCAUCUCGAGCGUAGAGCAGUGCAUCUGUCGCUGUGCCAGGGAGAGCCAAGGCGGGCCUCGUUUUUAACGGAAGUCUCCGUCUAAAGGACACGCCGACCUGUCCGAGUCAUCGCCUCUCUCGGCCCCGCCUCUUCACCCGCAGCAGCUUCUGAUUGGUCGCCUUCCUUCCCGCGGUGCUUCCUGGGGGUUGUAGUUCCCUCGACUGAGCCUGCAGGGAGCGUAAGAGCGCAGUCCUUCCGUGUUGCAUCUAACCUUUGCACUCCUCCUCGUGAAAUCCUGCUCUUGCCAGAUUUCUCUCUGCGGGCGGGUCUCUCUCUGCCUCUCAGCUAAACUGUGGGCUGCCUCUCUUGAACAGUGUUGCAUUCAAGAUUUUGAUGCAGGGCCUGUUGCACACAGGAAGUCGCUGGGUGAGCUGGAUACGGCCAGGGAGCCACAGGUGGCGGGCAUCAGGAUCCCGGGCACUUUCCCGCCUGUCUGGUGCCAUGAGGCUGGUUCAGUUCCAAGCCAAGGGAUCAUCAGCAGAGCCCCGGAUUGGGCUGGAGGAGAAAGAUGGAGGCAAUGUGAUUGACCUGAGCGCUUUUGACCCAUCUCUGCCUAGGACCAUGAGAACAUUCCUGGAGAAAGGAGAUGCAGCACUAGCUGUAGCGAAAAAGGCACAAGAGUCUGGCAAGCAUGUCCUGCCCCGUGCUGAAGUGACCCUCCUGGCCCCUGUCACUAACCCGGAUAAAGUGAUCUGUGUUGGGAUGAACUAUGUGGAUCACUGCACGGAGCAGAACGUGAAGAUCCCCAAGGAACCGAUCAUCUUCAGCAAGUUCGCCAGCUCCAUCGUGGGUCCCUUUGAUGAGAUCAUCCAUCCAACAGAGAGCAAUGAAGUCGACUGGGAAGUGGAGUUGGCCUUUGUCAUUGGGAAGAAAGGAAAACAUAUCCAGGAGUCAGAUGCCAUGAGCCACGUUGCAGGGUUCACCGUUGCCCAUGAUGUGAGUGCCAGGGACUGGCAGAUGAAAAGGAACGGGAAGCAGUGGCUUCUGGGAAAGACCUUUGACACCUUCUGCCCGUUGGGACCAGCCCUUGUCACCCGGGACUCCGUGUCAGACCCCCACAACCUGGGCAUCCGCUGUCGUGUGAAUGGGGAGCUUGUCCAGAACAGCAGCACCAACCAGAUGAUCUUCAAAACGGAAGCGCUUGUGGCAUGGGUCUCCCAGUUUGUCACCCUGUACCCAGGAGACAUCUUUCUCACGGGGACCCCGCCAGGGGUUGGCGUUUUCCGGAAGCCGCCCAUGUUCCUCAAGAGAGGAGACGAAGUGCAAUGUGAAAUCGAGGAGCUGGGAACGAUCUGCAACAAGGUGGUGUGAAGGAGCCACACUCUACUCCUGAGCCCAGAUUAAGGACCUGCUGGGCGGGCUCCUCCCGCUGGUUAAGAGGCAGGCAAAUCGGAGGCUGAUCAAGAAGGCACGCAGGAUUCCUAGACCCCUCAAGGAAGAGCAAGGAAUACAGAGAGUGUUCCUGAACAUGUGCAGUUAACGGUGCAUAUUUAGCCUUGCUUACCUUUCCUCUUCUGUCCUGGGAGGACAGGUCAAAGCUUCAUCGCUGGUGCUGCAUGGCUUCAGAUGACAGGGGGGGUGGGGAAUUGAUUGUAAAGAGUAGAUACAAAACAUAAUGCUGUUCUUUUAAUGAUCAAUACCUUCCAGAUUGAGCAGUCAAAAUAAAGCAGCUAUCACCAACUCCA